UCGGGAAGAAGAUAUAUUCAACAGCCGAAAAAACACGGCUUUUCUUUAACUCCCUGACAGCUGCGCUGACGACACAAUUCUUUUUCAUUGUUUUUUAUUCCAUAUUAAAUACCAUCCAAAUCGAAAAUAAUGAUACUUUAAUACAAUCUGGAAUGUUAACAACAAACCAAUUCAAUCAUUCAUUAUUUUAGUAAUUUUUCAAUCAAACUUCAUCAAAACCCAGUCAACGCCUUCCUACAAAGACCCAGCUAAGUUUCACAAACCCAUUUCAGAAAUCUUCAUGGUUUUUGAAACAUGUUUGAAUCCAGACCAAGAAUUGUGUUAAGCUUCCUAGUCCUGGUUUACUUAUCCUCAGUUCCAUUACCAGUUGAGUCCCAAUGCAAGAAAGGUUGUGAUUUAGCUUUAGGUUCAUUCUAUGUAUGGAGGGGUUCAAAUCUCACUUUAAUCUCACAGAUGUUCUCCACCAGUAUACCUGAUAUUGUAGCUUACAACAACAAGGUCAAUAUCCCUAAUCAGGAUAGUGUCAUAGCUGGGACAAGAAUUAACAUACCCUUCAGUUGUGAUUGCUUGGACAACGACGUAUUGGGACAUUCUUUUCCGUACAAGGUUAAACCCCGCGAUACUUAUGGUCUGAUCGCGAGGAACUACUCCGAUGUUACGACUGUGGAUUUGUUGAAGAGGUUUAAUAGCUAUCCUGAGAAUAAUAUCCCUGAUAAUGUGAACUUAAGCGUGGUAGUGAAUUGCUACUGUGGGAAUAGUGAUGUUUCCAAAGAUUAUGGCCUGUUUGUUACAUACCCUUUGAGGGCUGAGGAGAACCUGACGUACGUGGCGUCAACGGCUAAUGUGAGUGCUAAUAUAAUCAGAAGGUAUAAUCCAGAGGCAAAUUUCAGUUCAGGAAAAGGGAUCAUCUUUAUACCGGGAAAAGAUAAAAAUGGGAACUUUCCGCCACUGCCAACAAGCACAGGUAUGUCUGGUGGAGCAAUAGCUGGGAUAUCUAUAGGAGCAAUAGGAGUAGUCUUGCUGUUGGCUGCUUUGGUUUAUGUAGGAUAUUAUAGGAAGAAAGCGAAAAAGGGUUUGCAGCUCUCAUCCGAAGACCACCUCCGUCAGUCUGGUCAUGGCCCAGAAGGAAGCACAUCAGUUAAAGCUGCAGAUUCUGGUCGCAAGGGUGAUGGCGGGCUUUCAGGCAUAACUGUGGAUAAAUCUGUUGAGUUCACUUAUGAAGAGCUUGCUACUGCAACUAAUGACUUCAGCAUUGCUAAUAAAAUUGGACAAGGUGGUUUUGGUGCAGUUUACUAUGCUGAGCUCAGAGGCGAGAAAGCUGCUAUCAAGAAAAUGGACAUGAAAGCUACAAGGGAGUUUCUAGCUGAAUUGAAGGUUUUGACAAAUGUUCAUCACCUGAACCUGGUGCGGUUGAUAGGCUAUUGUGUUGAAGGCUCCCUCUUUCUUGUAUAUGAAUAUGUUGAGAAUGGUCACAUAGGCCAACAUCUACGUGGUACAGGAAGGGACCCAUUGCCAUGGUCUAAGAGGGUUCAAAUUGCUCUAGAUUCAGCUAGAGGUCUUGAGUACAUACAUGAACAUACCGUACCAGUUUACAUCCAUCGUGAUAUUAAAACAGCAAAUAUUCUGAUAGACAAAAACUUCCAUGCAAAGGUUGCAGAUUUUGGUUUAACGAAACUGACUGAAGUUGGAAGAUCAUAUUUGCGAAGACGACUUGUGGGUACAUUUGGAUACAUGCCUCCGGAGUAUACUCUCUCUCCUAAAGUUGAUGUCUACGCUUUUGGUGUUGUCCUAUAUGAACUAAUUUCAGCCAAGGAAGCGAUAGUCAAACCAAAUGGUUCUGUUACUGAAUCAAAGGGUCUUGUUGCUUUGUUUGAAGAAGUACUUAAUCAGCCAGAUCCUGAUGAAGACCUUCAAAAGCUGGUUGACCCAAGACUUGGAGACGACUAUCCCCUUGAUUCAGUCCGGAAGAUGGCACAGCUUGCCAAAGCUUGCACCCAGAAAAAUCCCCUAAUAAGACCAAGUAUGAGAUCAAUAGUGGUUGCACUGAUGACCCUCUCUUCGUCGACAGAAGAUUGGGAUGUUGGAUCUUUCUAUAAAAAUGAAGGUCUGAUAAAUCUUGUGUCUGGAAGGUGGUAAACCAAGAUCUUACUUCCACGCGCAAUUAAUAUCUCAUCCAGAUCCUUGCUUGCGAACGAGACCGAGACCAUGUUGUUUAAGCAUUGGAUCAGUGUACUUACUAUUUGUGCAGUGUGACUUGUGUAGUACUUGCUUGAAUAGUGUAAGAGAGCAUAGAAAGAUGUCUUGAUUUGUAACAUUUAGGACAAAGUAACCUUCUUUGUGAGUUAGAUAUGGAACAUUUCCUCAUGGCAAAAUACAUUGUUUUCUUUGUUGUCUGCUGCUGUGACGAGCAGUGUUUAUUGUUGUCCCACAUUGUAGAUCAAUUCAGUCACACGUCUGAAAAAUACAGAAUUACUUCUUCA